AGUGUCGCUUCGAAUUGUCUUUGUGUCGUAAGUGAGAUUUUUUAUGAUCAUCACAACACAUUUAAUAGUAAGAAAAAUAAAUGUUUCCUCAAUAAAUAAUCAAGAUUACCGUUUCAACUUACAAGGAAGUUUCAACAGUUUAAGUUACGGUUUAUUUCUCUGAAAUCUUUGAUUUCGAUGGAAAGUUGGCAUUUUGUGAGUUGGUGUUUUCCGGUUUUUUUCUUCGAUAAAUACUUCGGAUAAUCGUCUCGCGAAUGCACUAAGACGGCCUAAUAGUUUUUGUUUUUGUUAAAAUAUGAUCUUUUUUCCAAAUUUUAUUGAAUUACUUAAUUGAUUGCUUAAAUUAUUGGAGAUUUGAGAAUGAUACGCAAGCAGAGUCGCGUAUGAAAUUUAGCGCUUCGAAUGGGUAAUUCGUUGCACGUAAAAGGGUCCGCGAUUUCAUGUGCAGACUUCCUGCUGUUGUUGAAUAAGGCAGUUGUACGACCUUUUUUUGGGUCACGAGAAAUCGCAGGACUAAUGUCUUAUAAGUUGGGCCCAUAGGUCGAAGUUUGAAAUCGUCGUGGCCUAAAGGAUAAGACGUCCGGUGCAUUCGUAUGUAGCGGUGCAUCGGUGUUCGAAUCCCAGGCGGGUACCAAUUUUUCUAAUGAAAUACGUACUUAACAAAUGUUCACGAUUGUCUUCCCCGGUGAAGGAAUAACAUCGUGUAAUAAAAAUCAAAUCCGCAAAAUUAUAAUUUGUGUAAUUACUGGUGGUACGAAGCCUUAUGAGUCCGCACGGGUAGGUACCACCACCCUGCCUAUUUCUGCCGUGAAGCAGUAAUGCGUUUCGGUUUGAAGGGUGGGGCAGCCGUUCUACUGUAAAAGCUGAGACUUAGAAAUCAUGUCUCUAGGUGGGUGGCGCAUUUACGUUGUAGAUUUAUAUGGCCUCCGGUUACACCGGACACCAGGCGGGUUUUUUUUUUUUUUUCCUACCUAAUCUGAUAGCCUUAGGGGCUAUUUCAGCGUAACCCUAACGUUUGUAGGUGAGCUCACGGGGCUCAAACCUGAUGACGUUGCUAACACGAACCCUAGCAAGAGCCGUGCUUCGCAGAAUCUACCACCGGAUCGGAAACGCGACCCACUGAGAAGAUCCGGCGAGAAACUCAGUGGGCUGUGUCUGAGAGUUAAUUUACUCGUCGAGCCCUUCGUCGCAAGUGACGGGUUCGACGAGAACGGUGACCGGUGCUUGAAGUACCUAAAAGCACCGUUAGUGGAUCGGGAGGAUCUGAGAUGACGUGUUUUGGGCGACGUCGACUGCUUUCCAUUCUGUCCGCAGGAUCGGGAAUGUAGUUACCGGCGGCCACGAUGAGAGGGUUCUCGUGUCGUGCCGCUUUAUCGAAGUUUUUGUUCGUGUAAUUAUAAAAUAUAAUUUGCAAAGUUUUCAAUGCAUCACAGAAAUAUAAUGAUAAAAACACACAUACCUACCUACACAGCUACAAUUAUGUCUAUGCAUCGCGAAAAUCGAAUAAAAUACAAAAUUGUUCUGUUUAAAAUAUCAUAAAUAUGUAUGUAUGUAUUUAUUUCGAGAUACAAUACGAGAUACGAAUGCGGGUCAACAAAUUACACUAAUGAGUAUGCAUUCGAAGUAAAUUACCUUAAUAAAUUUGCUGAAAUGACCUAGCUUUUUGAUUUUUGUCUAGAAAAUAUCGACUGCGGGCGCCCCGAUUCAAUUAAAUCACCCAAUUUUAACUGUUUCGACAAAACAAAAAAACUUUAAAUUGCUAUUGAUAAAUAUGUACCUAUAAAUAUAUGUGUUUAAUUAGAAUUAUUCACACAAACUUUGCACUGCGUAUAUGAGUGAACGCAAAAUGUUGAGUUUUUUUCGGAUAUGUCUAGUAUUGGCGAUAAUAAGCGCAGUGACGUCACAGACCGUUCGAAAUAUCACGGCGACAUUAACAAAGGUGCCAGUGGAAGGGUUAAUGAACUUCACUGAACUUGUCCAAAAAUAUGGGUAUGAAGUCGAAGAGCACGACGUCAUCACUAGCGAUGGAUAUAUUCUGAAGCUAUUCAACAUACCAGGCGACAAAACUAGACCCGUGCUACUUUUACCCGGGAUAUUCGGAACUGCUGAUGACUACGUCAUAAGAGGAAACACUUCUUUGGCUAUCAUACUUGCAGCAUCGGGCUACGAUGUCUGGGCUAUAAAUGUGAGGGGAACGAGAUACACCAGGAAACACAUGACACUAAAUCCAGACGAUGAUUUCGCCUUCUGGGACUACAGCAUACACGAGUUUGGAUAUUAUGAUCUACCCGCUAAUAUCGACUAUGUUUUGAAUGCGACAGGGCAGUCGAAGGUUAAUAUAGUCGGGUUUUCUCAAGGGACAACGAUGACACUUAUUUUGGGUGCGACCAGACCGGAAUACAAUGAGAAAGUCAAUGUUUUCAUAGCCCUAGCACCGGUUUGUCACCUGCAGAACACGAGAGGACCGAUCACGUCAUUAAUCACAUUCGGUAACGUAAUAGACAAGGCAGUGAUGCCAUUUGAUCUCUACGAAAUUUCCGGUUAUAGCUCUCUCACAAAAGGAAUUAUGAAUAUGCUCUGCACACAAUUGCCGAUCAGCUACGAGCUGUGCAUGGGAGCAGUUUUAGCGCCAUUAAUUGGCACGAAAUCAGAUGAAAUGGACCCAGAUUUUUUUCCCAUCAUCAUGGCCCAUUUCCCGUCGGGCACGUCGUGGAAGAAUUUAGUGCAUUUCGCCCAGAUCGGCAGCAGGAGAUCUUUCAGUAAUUACGAUUACGGGACUACAAAGAAUUUGUACAAAUACAAAGCGUUUACACCACCCAAUUACGAUUUGAGAAAGGUGACAUUCGAUACAAUAUUAGUGUCGGGGAAGAACGAUAGAAUAUCGACGCUGAAGGACAUGGAGCUACUAAAACAAAACCUGGUCAAUGUGAAGGAUCACAUGAUCCUUGAGCCGGACUACUUCAACCAUUUAGACCACCUGUGGGGUCGUAAUAGUUACGCGAUUUCUUAUCCAUACGUUUUAGAGACUUUGAAGAGAUACAAUAGUCAUUAAGUUUGAUCAGAACAGUUUUUAGUAUUCUCUGAAUUACUACACGGCAUUAAAUAACGCUCAGAGAUAUUUAUUAAUGGAAUGAACCAAUAAAUUAUCAAAAGAA